CAAAAACCAGGAUGACGAGUGACCGUGCCCAGAGCCUCGGAAACAUCGGCGGAAAACAAACCUUGGUUUCAAAUUCUGAAAUUCCUCUCUGAUAUGUCCGUCUCCAUGUUGAAAGUGUAAGAGAGGCAUUUGAAGUUUGCUUGUGUGCAGCUCUAGGAGGGAUCUGGGCUCCAUAGUGACACAGCUUUACUGUUUUAAGGGAAUCCCUGUGUUCAGUGUCCAGCACGGAGUAUCUUGAAAGGCACAUUAAAGGAAUGUUGAAAUGGCCAGCAAGGGGAAAUGUUUUCAGCUUCUGUCAAAACUAUUUGUUCUGCUAAACUUUAUGACACUGCAGGUCCAUACCAUAGAAACAGUGAACCUCGUGGACUUCUGUGGGCAGACCAUCCGGAGAGAUGGGAUGAUCGUCAACUCUCACCGUGAGUCGCGCAAGUACUACUUUGUGACCAUGGGAACGGACUGCCACCUCACUAUGCAGGCCACCUCACCCAAGGACAAAGUGCAAUUCUACUUCCGCUUCUUCCUGGUGUACAGCUUGCUGCGGGUCAACCAGCCCACCACCCAACCACUGCCCACCCCCAGCAUGGCCCCUCUCUCUGCAAACCCCACCAAGAGACCUCCCACCUUGCCUACCCCAGCAGAGGAGGCCGCAGACCCCUGUAAACUUGGUUCUUAUGUGCAAUUCUACGACGGGAAAGACAGGAACGCACAGCCUAUCGGCGCUCCUCUGUGUGGUAAAAGCCUCCCCAGGCCCAUUCUGUCCACCGGGAACUAUCUGACACUCAGGCUUGUGACACGGGGACAGCAACCAAGGGUGGACUUUGUGGGUGAUUUUACGUCAUUUAGACUAGGGUUUAACCAGUCCAAGUGCAGUGGCGAGCCCUAUUUCCCGUGCCACAAUGGGAAAUGCAUACCUAUGAGUCUGGUUUGUGAUGGUAAAGACCUAGAUAACUGUGGAGACGGCAGUGACCAGUCAUCUCUCCCGCCGGCUAAAUGCAAAGGUCCCUUCUCCACAGCCCCUGAUAAACUUGAUGCAACAACCAGAACCCCGCCCUCUUCUCCCUCCCACUUCCCUUCACCCACCAGCCAGACCUGCAGCACCCAGUCCCACGGCAACAUGCCCCAGCCCGAUUCCAUCACAGAUAAUAAGAGGCAUGUGUCUCUGCUGGCCCUCUACAUCGCUCUGGGGGUGAUCGGGGGCGUGGUGCUGCUCUUCUGGUGCUGUUGGUCUCCUGGCUGGUUCGUGUGGAGAGUGAGCGCAUGCCGAUUCAUGCCCUGCUGUAACUCCUUCUGCGCCUCCUGUCAGCUCUGCACGCGAAGCUGCUCACGCAAGGACCACCGCCUGGCCAAAGUAACACCACAGAGCACUGCCACCGUCGCCAUGUAACACCAGCAGGCCUUCUGCAGGAACAAGAACCCACACAAUACCUGUACCUCCAGGAGUGUAGUGCAGCAAACACAGACUACUGUUUGUAUGAAGCAAUACUAAUAAACUGGAAGCUUUGUCCUUCAAUUUGUUAAAGAAAUAAACAAUUACAACUCAAAACUGUUAGAAUUGUAUUGUUCCAAACAGCUGAGAAGGCCUCUGAAAUGCAAAUGUAAACAAAUAACCAGUCUUGAAAUUGCCACUUACAUCUGAAGAAGAGUCUGAGGACUUGCAAUAGUGUCUGUAUACCACAGUUAAUCUUAAAAAAAACAGUAUCAACUUUUCAAAUAAAUUACUAACUAAUCAUUAUUAAUUUAAUAUUCCAUUUGCUAUACAGGUCUCAAGAAUGUGCAGUUUAGAAAGCAAACACACAUUUUCAUUUUUAAACAUAUAUGUGAUAUCUGUUUGACUAAGCAAACUUUCUUUAACCUCUGUACAAGAUACAUUUCAAAAAAGCAGGUCUGCUGUUCCAUGUAUUUCAACCUCACAUUUGAGACCUAUAUAGUGAAUGGAAUUGUUUGGCAAGCGUCAAUUAAUGUAACUGCAAUUAAGAACAGGCCAUAAUCAAAGCCUGACGUAGUAAAUUUAAACUUUGUUGGUGUGUGUUUUCCUUUAAGUUUUGCGACUUACAAUUUGAAGUAUAAAAAAAACCUCAAGGAUGGGCUCCCGAAUGGCGCAUCAGCUAAAGGUGUGCCACGUGGAGUGCAGGAUGCGCCCUAUAGCCUGGAGGUCACCGGCUCAAGUCCAAGCUAUUCCACUGCCGACCGUGGACGGUAGCUCCCAGGGGGCGGCGCACAAUUGGCCAAGCGCCGCCCGGGGAGGAGGGCUUAUGUCGGCCAGGGUGUCCUCAGCCCACCGCGCACCAGUGACACCUGUACACUGGCCAGGCGCCUGCGGGCUUGCCUGUAAGCUGCCCAGAGCUGCGUUGUCCUCCGACACUGUAGCUCUGGGUUUGUUGCAUGGCAGGCCUGUAGAGUGAAAAAAAAAGCAGGUCGGCUGAUGGCACAUGCUGUGUGUUCGUCUUUGCCGCUCUCAAGUCAGCACAGGGGUGGUAGUAGUGCGCUGAAAUACAAUUGGAUAUGACAAAUUGGCGACUACUAAAUUUAAAAAAAAAUAAAAAAAACCUUGGAGUCUUGUUCCCAGUAUGUUUUAUGGCAUACAGUACAAUGUACAUACAUGCUGACUGCAAUUUUAAAACACUUAUUAAAAUACCAGGAUUUAACUUGAUCGAAUAUCCCACAUACAACAGGGAAUUAACUUGGUGCCUUUAUUAACUGUGAACAACAUAUGAACUCUACACACCAAUCGUAAUGCGUUUUUACUUGGUGCAUUUCAUACAGUACUUUCCCAGUGACAUACACACCAAAGGUACCCCUGACAUGAUGCAACAUUCACUAUAGCAUGAGUGGUAUUUAGUUCUUCUAUAAGCACAUACUAGAGACUGCGGAGUGUCUUUCAGCCAAGCAGAGCUCCAGUUUUGCCUGCUGACACAUCACCAACAAACCCCACUCAUGACAUCAACCGUGCUAUAUUGACUUUCUAUCGUGCGUUAGUCGCAGUAUCAGCACAGCUAAAGUCACCUGCUUUAAAACAAAUUCAAAUACCUUUUGGCACCUUGGUAACUGUAAAGGCAAUUUAAAACAAUGUAACCUUUCGUUCUGGUUAGAAAGGCUUGUAGUCGGAUUUUGUAAUGUCUAUAUUAACAGUAGUGGAGAGCUUGUGGACAGUGACCAUGUAGACUCGCAGCACAUCAUCGUUUGUCUUUGAAGCAUAUGGAUCAUAGUUCGCGUCCAGCCCUUGCUUUUCUAUUCAAUUCAAUGGGGUAAAAUGCCUGUUCAUUACAAUGGUGCCCUAUGGAAAAGCAUACCAAUGUCUGUGGUUUAAGCAGGUAAUUAAAUAUCUGUGUUCUUUGCAUUAUUUUAAGCUAUAGCAUGUAUGGUGUCUUGUGCGACACGAUUCUCAAAAGUCACUCUGGAUCUUGGGGGAUUGUGAGCAUAACGUUGAAACUCCCUGAGCCAGGUGAACAGUACUGUACUGAAAAAUAAGUUUAGGAUUAUUGAAAUCCAGUUUUUGCUGUUGAUUUGAUUUUCCAGUUUUGCUGUAUUUUACUGUACAUGCACUUUGUCAAUAUUGGCUCUUGGUGUAAAAAAACUAGUGUAAUAUUAAACUACCAGAUCGAUCAUUGCAUUAUUAUUGUGUUGUUGUUUGAAUUGAUUGU